UCGUCCGAGUGACUAUGCUUUGCCUGAAGCGACGUCGUUUGCUCUGUCUCCAUCAUCCUCGACCUCGACUCAGUCACUCCGCCUCUUCAAAUAACCCCACAAGCGACCUCUCCCGCCUGCUGCAGGGCCCCAUCCCUCGCGCUCACCUUCUCCAAGUUCACGCUCGCGUCUUCCUCCUCCACGCACACCAGAACGACCUCAUCGCCACUCGUCUCAUCGGCCGCUACCCCUCCAAUUCCGCUCUCAAAGUCUUCAAUCAUCUGCGGAACCCUAAUAUCUUCCCCUUCAACGCCAUCAUCAGAGUGUUAGCCGAGGAGGGUUUUUCCUCGAACGCUUUUGUUAUGUAUAAACAGCUGAAAUUCCGCCAAAUUUCGCCCAAUGAUUUGACAUUUUCAUUUCUAUUCAAGGCGUGUUCUAGAGGCGCUAUCGGUGGGGAUACUGUUAAGCUAGUGCAUUCUGAUGUCUUCAAAUAUGGUUUCAUUUGUGAUCCUUUAAUCUGCAAUGGACUGCUGAUGGUUUACGCCAAGGCGGUGAAGGAUUUGAGCUCUGCUCGCAAACUGUUCGAUGAAAUGCCUGACAGAAAUUUGGUUUCUUGUUGGACUUCUUUGAUUUCUGGGUAUGCUAAGAUUGGGUUGGCUGGUGAUGCCUUGGAGCUUUUUGUGAUUAUGCUCAAGGAGAAUUUGUGCCCUGAAAGUGAUACUAUGGUUAGUGUAUUGUCUGCGUGUUCAAGCCUCACUGCUCAUCAAGUUGAGAAAUGGGUGAAUUCAUUGACACAGUUAGUAAAGAGUGCAGCUUGGAGUGAUUUAGCCUGCGAUUUUGUGAAUACUGCACUCGUUUAUUUGUAUGGUAAAUAUGGAGAUGUGGAAAAUAGUAGAAAUUCGUUUGAUGAGAUAUCUGAUGAUGGAAAAAAGACUGUUCUUUGCUGGAAUUCUAUCGUAGGUGCUUAUGUUCAAAAUGGUUGUGCAUUGGAGGCUUUGGACGUUUUCAAAUCAAUGAUGGAGGACUAUAACUGUCGUCCAAACCACGUAACCAUGGUUAACGUGCUCUCUGCUUGUGCUGAGGUCGGUGAUUUGGAUCUUGGCUCGUGGGUUCAUGAAUACUUGAGGAGUGGAGGGCAGAAGGGUGUGCUAUCAUCAAAUGUCAAUCUUGCUACUGCAUUGAUUGAUAUGUAUUCAAAAUGUGGGGAUUUGGACGGUGCAAGGGGGGUGUUUGAGCAGAUGAGCAUGAAGGAUGUGGUCUCAUUCAACGCCAUGAUCAUUGGCCUUGCUGUCAAUGGCAAGGGUGAUGAGGCUCUCAGGCUUUACUCCAAGAUGCAAGAGCUUUCUCUGCAUCCUGAUUCUGGAACUCUACUUGGAGUGUUGUGUGCGUGUAGCCACUCUGGUCUGUUAGAUAAAGGGCGUGAAAUUUUUGAAGGGAUGCUCCGGAGCAAUUCAGUUAUCCCUAAAUUGGAGCACUAUGCUUGCUAUGUUGAUAUCUUGGCCCGGUCUGGUCUCAUUGAUGAAGCACUUGGUGUGGUCGCCUCCAUGCCUUUCGAACCUAACAACUUUGUGUGGGGCGCACUGCUUGCUGGCUGUGUGCUCCACAAUAGGUUGGAGCUGGUUCAGGCUCUCUCCACUGAUCUUGUCAAGGUUGAUCCCAUGAAUUCUGCUGGUUACAUUAUGCUUUCCAACUCGUUUGCCUCAGAUUGUCAAUGGCGUCGUGUCAUGAAAACGAGAGGGGUUAUGAGGGAGAAAGGCGUCGCCAAGCAGCCAGGGUGUAGUUGGAUCAAGAUUGGUGGCAUUGUGCACGAGUUUGUCGCUGGAUCUGCAUCGUGUUGUGAGUUUGAAAGUGUUCAUCAAGUGUUGGAAUCAUUAUUGAAAGAAAUGAGACUGGUUGGUUCCUAGUCUUUGCCUUUUUCCUAGAAUUUGGUGAAGCUUGUCGAUGCAGAAAGAGGAGAGCCUCGUGUCAGAUUGUCUGGAGAUCGGAGCAUGUGGUGAUUUAAGAUACCUUAAGAUACCUUUAUGUCAAAUAGGCUAAUGUGUUCAUACUGCCUUAGAAAUAGUACUAUAAAUUUUUUAAAAAAAUUAUGCAGCAAGUUUGAUUGCUGCAUUGCUUGCCCGUUUGGAAUACAACACUUAAAAAAAAAACUAGCUAUUUA